CCUGUCCGGCGCUCGCCAUUCCAGUCCCCCCUCUCUUUUCUCUCAGGUUGGUUCAGCCCCGGUCUACUCCGGGUUGGUGCUUAGUCGGCGCCAGAGCGACCCUCGACUCCGUAGAGGUAGUGCUGAUCCUGUAGGUGCUUCCUCAUCGCCGGCUUCGGCUUCUUCAGCCUCUUCGGCCUCCUUAGCCUCCGCGGGAAGCAGAGACCCCGGUGUAUGCCCCACCCUUGACCCCACUCGAGAUAUGUCCACCCCGGCUCGGCGGCGCCUCAUGCGGGACUUCAAGAGGUUGCAGGAGGAUCCUCCAGCUGGAGUCAGCGGGGCCCCAUCCGAGAACAACAUUAUGGUUUGGAACGCGGUCAUUUUCGGGCCCGAAGGGACCCCCUUUGAGGAUGGAACGUUUAAGCUUACAAUAGAAUUCACUGAAGAAUAUCCAAAUAAACCACCUACAGUUAGAUUUGUCUCUAAGAUGUUUCAUCCAAAUGUCUAUGCAGAUGGUAGUAUAUGUCUGGACAUACUUCAGAACCGUUGGAGUCCAACCUAUGAUGUGUCUUCCAUUUUAACAUCCAUACAGUCUCUAUUGGAUGAACCCAACCCCAAUAGUCCAGCAAACAGCCAGGCUGCUCAGCUGUACCAGGAGAACAAGCGGGAAUAUGAAAAGCGUGUUUCUGCAAUAGUAGAACAGAGCUGGCGCGAUUGUUGACCCGGGUGCAGCAAAAGAAGAGGAUGGUCAUAAGAAAAAUACAUAUGUGUUUGUCACCUUCCUGUUCCUCAGUGUCAUUACAUUUACUUUAUUAAAAGAAAAAUAGCUGUUGUGCUGUUUCCAUCUUCCCUUGCCAAGCUUUUCCUAUCCUUUCUACCCUCUCCUUGAACAUCAGAAAACACCCUCUUUGAAUUCAAAUGUACUGUACCUGGGUUACUUGCAAAAAUCACUAAUGCUUCAUUCCUUUUCUGUGGUAUUUCAUCUCCAGUCUUAGGGCAGCAUUGUGUUACUGUACUUUACACUAAGCUUUUAAAGUGAAUUGUUACACAAGUGGUGCUUAUGCAUAGGUUGACGACCAGGAUGUUUUUAACAAAAUGAUUGAAGUAUUUCAUCCUGGCUGGUCCUUCACUUAUGGUGGAUUUAGAAGUGAAUAUAUUUGGAAUAUGGCCUACAGAAAAUAUGGAAACAAAUCCAUAUGAACAUCCAUUUUGAAAGAGCACUGGAGCCUAAAAAUCCUAAAACUAAAAUCCAACUACUAUGGGUUCAGUGGUAGGAAGGACAAUGUUAAAGGACUUAGCCAAAGGAGUGCAGCAAUUGUAGUAACUGACACAUCCUCUCCUGGUGAGAAUUGACUGGACUACCCAUGAUAAGCUUCCGAACACUGAAGUCUUCUGGGUUUUUGCUUUGUAAAGAGGUGUGGCAACGAGGAACGGGAACAAUCAUUAGUUUUUAAGCUAUGGAAGGUUGGAGAUCCUUUAACCUUUUUAAAGGAGCAGUGCUGUCCUAGAUAAAUAGGCUUACAACCCUCCGUCUUUUUUCAGUUUGAUUUACUCCAAGGAAGGGAGCAUAUCUGUGGCAAACUCUUUUCCACUCAAAUCCUAAGUUAAUGCUGCAUGCUUUAGUUAGUUUCUUUCCUCUCAGCAUUCUAAGGAUCUUAAAGUCAACGUCUGUAAUUUUUCUUUGACUAUUUAUCCUUUCAGAUACAGUUACCUUUAAGUAGCAGUGUGGGACAAGGCUUGUAAAUGUUUUGUCUAAUGUUACAUUGUCACCUCUUGUGCAUUCAUCACUCUUCUAAAUCUAACUUUGCACAAGUAACCCAUGUAAAAAAUGUACAUUUUUCAAAACUUGUAAAUAAAAAUAACCUUAAAAUUU